AUGCCACUUAUCGACAAGUCCACUCGAGACUCUUUCGUCCCAGACAUAGCCAUGACCGUUGUAUCUCAAUUUAGAUUUGAUUCGGUCACCGGCCCUUUGAAAGGAAGGGGAUACAGGACAGAACUUGAUCCUGAAUCUUAUUGUGGAGAAGGUUGUUUAGAUCCGCCUGGUCCUCCCGUUUCGGGAUCAGAUAUUCAGGUCCCUCGGGACGAAAUGCAAGGACCCAUAUCUACAUCUUUGUCACAGAAACUUUUACCUGAACAUUAUGCCACAACUGUUCGAGAACUGAAAAGGGUUAGACGACCAGGAUACUCACUUAACCAGGAAUACUGUGGAGUUGAUAGUGAGGUCGCCACCAAUCACACAACUGCUUUACUAAGUGAAAAUUCUAAAGAUGGUGAUGGACAGAUAUCUUUUCAAAAAUUCUAUGACGCUGCGUUCACUCCUUUCGCAAAGAGAACUACCCAAAUUCAUAGAUCACAAAGAGAGGAUAAAGGUGAAACCGUUUUCACAGUUGUCUGGGGUACCACCCCUGCCACUCUUGAGGAUAUUAUUAGCUUCGAAGAUACGCCUACAGGGUACACUCAAUCCGACUCAGGUGCUAGACAUCAUUAA